AUGGAAGAUACGGCCUUUGAUCUCGGUCUCACGCAGGGCUUGUCUCAGGGAGUGGCGGCAUCAGGCGAGAUUGCCAGUGCACUGGUCGCCUUGAACGGGCAUCUUCCCGCCUUCCUCGGAACGGUGGAACUGGAGUUCGAAGCCCUGUGGACGCUGCGCUCGCGGCACGAGAUAGUGAUCGCCAGCCGGCCGACCCAGUACACUCGCCAGCUGAAGAUCAACCUGGCAGACAACAGGAUAAAGGCGAACAACAAGAAGAUUGCCGUUAUAGACCAGUCUUCUGACCUAACGGCAGCUGCAGAUCCCCUUUGCCAGCUGGGCCCGGCGAGUUUUCUAAAGCUCCAGAUCACCGGCGAGAUGAUCUUCUCACUGCCAGAGGAGCUCUUUGAUAUAGACUUCCCGCAAUAUCACUUCCGCCGCACCAAGUUCAUCGCCGUCUCAGUGCACUGCAUAGUGUAUUCACCAGCGUUAAUGGCAACCUGUGCCUGGACCAGCACAUGUACCGGACCAGCGGUCCGCCGCAUGCAACUCACGCCGGCGUGGCUUACCCCCUCCCAGCCAUCGCCAUCAGCAGCAGUCACGCCGACACCGGCCUUUGAGCUCAUUGCCGGGGCAGUACUCCAGCCCUUCGAGGGCGCCGGCGUCGUGAGCACCUAUACCUUAACUGCGAGAAAGUGA